CAGGUGUUCUAACUGGUGCUGCUGUGUGUCGACGUUUGUUUAUUAUGUGGAUUAUAGUCUGUAGUGUAGAAUAGAAAUUUUGAAACGUAAACAGAAAUGAUAGACUAUUACAAUGGUAAAUUUAAAGUGCUACGUGUUUCAAGUGAAUUGUAUGAUAUUAAUACUAACAAUAAUAUACCCCAAUAUAGGUUAUGCUGCAAGACAAUAUACCAAAGAAGACAUUCUGAAACUUAGAGAAGAAGUACGAGAAAUGUUCAAUCAUGCAUAUUCUGGAUAUCUAAAAUAUGCUUAUCCUUAUGAUGAACUGAGACCUUUGUCAUGUGAUGGUGUAGAUACAUGGGGAAGUUAUUCCCUGACGUUAAUCGAUGCCCUGGACACCCUGGCAGUUAUGGGAAACUAUUCAGAAUUCAGGAGAGUGGUCGACAUCGUUACAUCUAAAGCAAAUUUUGAUGCAAACAUCAAUGUUUCUGUGUUCGAAACCAACAUCAGGAUUGUCGGAGGCCUACUGAGUGCUCAUCUGCUCUCACAACGUGCGGGGGUGGAGCUGGAACCAGGCUGGCCAUGUAACGGCCCUCUGUUGCGGCUGGCAGAGGAUGUGGCUCAGCGGUUGAUUGCAGCAUUUGACACUACAACAGGCAUGCCAUACGGUACAGUCAAUCUGCGACACGGAGUGCCACCUGGAGAGACCAGCAUCACCUGCACGGCAGGUAUCGGCACCUUCAUUCUUGAGUUUGGCACCCUAUCCCGACUCACUGGUGACCCCAUAUAUGAAGAGGUGGCUCUGAAUGCUCUGCAUGCCCUAUAUCAUCAUCGCUCAUCCAUCGGCCUCUACGGUAACCACAUUGACGUGAUGACAGGCCGCUGGACUGCACAAGACUCGGGUAUCGGGGCAGGAAUAGACUCUUAUCUCGAGUACCUGGUGAAAGGUGCUCUCUUGGUGCAGCGGCCGGAGCUGAUGGCUAUCUUUAACGAGGGAAGACGUGCCAUCGACAAGCAUCUUCGCCGCAACGACUGGUACCUUUGGGUUUCGAUGCACAAGGGUCAGGUUACCCUACCGGUCUUCCAAUCCCUGGAGGCAUAUUGGCCUGGUGUCCUCAGCCUUAUAGGUGACAUCAGUGGUGGGAUGAAGACGAUGCACAACUAUCACCAGGUAUGGAAGCAGUAUGGGUUUACACCUGAAUUCUACAAUAUAGCGCAAGGCCAAGUGGGCACGAACAGAGAGAGCUAUCCGCUGCGACCUGAACUGAUCGAAAGCACCAUGUACCUGUACAGAGCCACCAAGGAUCCCUUCCUGCUAGAUGUGGGCACUGACAUCCUGCGCAGUAUCCAGCACAGUGCGCGAACCAGGUGUGGUUACGCCACGAUAAAAGAUUGUCGAGAUCACAGCCUGGAGAACAGAAUGGAAUCGUUUUUCCUCGCUGAGACAACCAAGUAUUUAUAUCUUUUAUUCGACCCAGACAACUUUAUACAUAACGAUGGUCGGCACGGAACCCUCCACACUCUGCCUUCGGGACGAGAGUGCAUUCUUGAUGCUGGUGGCUAUAUCUUUAAUACUGAGGCUCACCCUCUUGAUCCUGGAGCUCUGUUAUGCUGCAGCGAGAACUUCAAUGAACCACAACGUUACAACAGGCAGGCUGCUAGAGGGGAAAAGUUCACCUCAUUUACCGAGCAAAACCAAAAGAAACGUACACAAGUUGAUGAACCAUCUGAGCAUUUACAGAAUGGUAGUGAGGAUCCAGAAGAAACUUUGCCUUCGGCCUUUUCUGAUGAUGAAGAGGUAGUAAUGACAGCUGAAGAGUCCUUGGAUAGACUCAAAGAAAGUGGAGCAGUUGAUAUUGUUAAAAUUCCUCCUCCAUCUAGUGAAGGAAAGAAUGGAGUCCAUGUGUUUGGCCAAGAUCAAAAUUCACCACCAAUUUCCCCCAACAUGUUGCAAAUUAUUGAGAAUGUGAUAAAUAAUAAAGCCACUAAUCAGAUCAUGAUCACUCUUGAGAAACACGUUGGAAAAGCGGCAUCGAGUCCUGGUUUCCUGAAAGAAGUAGUAAAAGUAAUUGAAAAUGCAGAACACAUGUUGAAAAAAGAGAUGAGUAAAAAAAUAAAAAAAGGUAAGAAGAAGCGUAAUUUGACAUAUGCUCCUAAAAAAUCUAGUAUAAAAGACAUUUUCACUGCAGAGAAAGAUUUUGACCAUCCAUCAAAAAGUGAAAACCAAAAUAUUUCUGUAGAGGGAGAAGAAAUUGGUACGCUGGAUGAAAAUAUUGCUGAAACAAAGGGUAGCACAAAAAUUGAAGAGAGAAUUGUUUUAACAAAGGACAGUCAAUUGUUUACUGAACACAGUCAGAGUAACACAUCUUUAAAAGAAAAUCAUCUGGAUUCAUCAAGUGUUACAAACAAUACAUCAAGUAAAACAGAUGAAUCCAGUGAUCAAAAUUAUGACAGAUUAUUUAAUCUUAUAAUAGUACAGCACUAUAAACCUAUCAAAGACACAAUUGUAAUACAAACCAAUUUGCUGUUUGAAUUUUUAAACAAAUGUGUGGAAAACUUGGAAAUAACAAAAAGUGUUGCCAGUAUUGCAAACAACCAUGAACUUAAGGCACAAUUUUUCACUAGAAGAUUGGACAUCAUGAUUUUAGCAACAGAACUGCUGAAGUCUGUACGAGAAACUAGAAAGCUCCUGCGAGUGAAAGAGUCUGGAGAAGAUAUUACAAUGGAGAUGUUCAAAAGAUUGGUGGAGUUGGCUAUUGAUGAGAAGACAGUGGGGAACUUCUUGGAAAAGUACAAGGGCUAUAUUGAUACAGUACAGAAAUUGAUACAGGACUAUAAUUUGGACCAGGCCAAUGACAAGGCAUUCAAUCAUGAAGAUAAUUUGAACAAUGAGAGUGACACAAGUGAGAGUGAAGAAAUCAGCAAUAAUAGUGAUAACGAAGAGUCAGGAAACUUCUUUCAAACCAAUAACUGGAAAGCAGAUGACAUUUCUUAUCAAGUAGAUGAUAGAGAAAGGGUGGCCCCUGUGUCUACAGUGGAUGCCGGACCUUUGUUCACUGACAAACUGAGACUCAAAACCGAAACCGUGGUAGGUCUUUUGCCCAAGUCACUUGUAUCAAGUGAAACCUCCUUUAAUCCUCAGGUGCUUCUGGAACGCAUCCGUUCCAGUCCGAAGUAUCAUCGGAACAGUACAUGGACAACUCAGUACGAACUGUUGACAUGUUUACCCCAACCUUACUUUACCAGAAUAAUGUUGUCAGGAGAAUUCUAUAAUGAUUAAUGUUAAAAUAUCUUGUCCCUAGAUCACACAAGUAAAAUUAAAGCUAUAUUAACUACAAAAUGUCAUAGGUAAAUCAUCAUAGGUACAGUGUUAAAAACAGUAACAAUAUAAAUAUUUUCAGAACCAAUAAGAAAAGUCUCAAUUAUUAGUGCAUUGUUUUAAUUAUUUUACAAUCAUUCCAUCAAAUUAAACAUUGUGAUUAAUAGAUAUACAAACAAUUAAACUCUUGUGGCAAUAUCUGUUUAGAAAAAGUAUUGCGGAUUUUUAAAAAUUAUUUUAAAAUUUGAUUUUCCUUUUCCUUAUCUACUUAUUUAUUGUAAAAAAAUCACACUGAUCUUGGUUAUAAAUAUGUAAUAAAACCCUCAAUAUAUUUUAUUAUUGUAUGAAUGAUGCACAAUAUUACUAGUCAUUUAAGUGCUGUAAAAUAAUGAUAAAUCAUUUGUGUUCCAUUAUUGUACAUUUGUAAUAUAUAAGUUGUAUAUUGGUGGUAUUGUUGUGAUUAAAAAUAUUUAUAUUGAUA